CAAUUGUGGGCACCAAUCAUUCGAGGUCAGGCUAGACGACGCUGACAGAAGUUCUCUCGAGGCUGUCGUUACCUUUUCUCACCGAUUCUAGGGCGGGAAUGGCGUUCUGAACGUGUCGCCAAUAGUACUUUGGGCUGUCAUCGAUUGUAUCCUUGAAACAUAAGUCUUUGAAUCCGGAGUAUGGCCUGAAGAGGCGUCGAAGCGUCGGAACGUGCCCGGAUCACGCUUGUGCCUCAAGGAAGACUUCGGCAGACGGCAAUCCUCAACAUUCGCUUACCACAUUCCAGUCUAAGCGCUAGGUGUACUCACCUUACUGGCCUGCUAUGUCCUCGGAAUCCGGCAUGGCUCCUCAGCAACAUGAGUUCUUCAUAGCUGAGAGCCAUCCACCGUCAUCAAAAAGGACAUUCCCGAAUCAGGCAGGAAGGGAUCCGCGGAUCAAAACAGCCUGCACGGAAUGCAAAAGGAGAAAGGUGAAAUGCGACGGUACACAUCCCUGCUAUUCUUGUCGAUGGUACAAGCAGGCCGAUCGCUGUAUAUACCCAUUUAGUCGGCCACCACUAGUCGUGAGUCGGAAAAACUUCGAAUACCUCCGAAAACGGCUCGAAAGAACGACCGACAUUCUGGCAAAGCUUUUUCCAUCCAUCACGAUUGAUACUCUCGCCGACUUUUCCCACGAACAACUGCUUGAGCAGCUUGACAGGACUGGCUUGCCAGGUGGAAGCAAGCAAGUUGACCUUGCUGGCAUUUCAACGGACGCUCAUGAGUUUCGAUAUGGUUCUCUUGGUGGAUGUGAGAGCACCAGCUUCUCCAGCGAUUUGCCGUCAGCGCCACUGAGUUCAGAAGACCAAUAUGCUGCUCUAGACACGAUAGUUGGGUUUGCAGCUCAGCAAGUGCAGGAUGACGACGGUGUUUCAUCGGAAGCUGGAGACGAUGUGAACGCAAUAUCAGCCACGUCCAACCAGACAUCAUCUUAUGUCGGCCCUUCUUCGACCAUGCAAUUGUUUCGUACAAUUCUUCGAAUCGCUCCCGAGUCUCUAGAACAUGGAGGAUGCAGUCACACCCCAUCCGAGACUCAUCGUAGCGUGUCGCAGACUUCUCCUGGGCGUGGUGUCCACCACACACCAUUGCAGAUGUCUGAGCGAAUGAGCACCUUGAUUGACGCAUACUUCGACUGGGUGCAUCCAGCGACUCCGAUUCUUGAUGAGAAGGAGUUCAGGGCGACAGCACUCUCCGGGCUUCGCAAUGAUGCACCUUGGCUUUGUCUCCUAAAUAUCGUUCUCGCUCUAGGUGCUAUUGGCUGCACCACCACCGAUUCCAGAGAGCAUCUAACGUACUAUAAUGCGGCAAAAUCCUUCCUGGAUUUUGAGCUCCUUGCAAGCAAGAGUUUUGAGACUUUGCAAUCAUUGAUUCUCAUGGCCGGAUGGUAUUGCCAUUACAGAAACCGUCCGAAUCUGGCCUCUGUGCUUCUCGGAGCCGCAUUCCGUAUGGCAUACGCACUGGGGCUUCACAAAGAGAUGCACCUUAGCAUUCAUGGUACGGAAAACCAAGAACUGCGGCGGACGAUGUGGUGGAAUCUGGUAGUGCUGGAUGCAGCCGAGGCGGUAACGCUGGGACGUACCCUGGACACGAAUAUCUUCGAUUCCGAGGUCCGAUACCCACAGGAUGCAAAUGGAAAUGUUGGAGAUCCCACCAAUGAUUUCACCACGGUCUCGCUGUUGACCAUUGCCAUCGAAUUCGCCCGAACAAUGACUGAAGUUCAGGGUCGCUUGUUGAAUCCGAGCACCUUGCCGUUCGCUGAGCUGCUCAGCCUGGAUGCACAUCUUGUUGACUGGUACGAAGGCUUACCGACCCAUUUCCACCGGCUAGCGGGUAAUUCGAUCCAACCAGGCGCUGGGGUUCACUCAUCGACUUCCUUCAACCGCCUCACUCAGCCUUGUAUGACGCUUCGGUGGAGGUAUCUCAAUCUAAGGAUUAUGUUGUACCGGCCUGUUCUUAUGGAAUCUGUGCUUCACAAGACGCCUUAUAGUUCACUUACUUCUGACCAGAGGCUGUGCGUUCGAAAAUGCCUGACUUUGUCCGGUGAGACCAUUGAUCUGGCGAGAGGACUUCCUGCCUCGUCCCCGAAUCAAUUCAUCGCCUGGCCAUCGACAUGGUAUGUGUUGCAGGUCUGUAUGCUGCCAUUGCUGUGUCUCUACACCUUUCGCGAAGGUGAAGAAAUCCGCUUAGGCACACAGAUCAGCCACGGGCCGCCAAGCAGCACACCCUGGGCUGUUCGGACGUCCAGCAGAGUCCUAGAGGAGACACGUCAAGUCUUAGAACAGUGUCAUCGGCAAAUAAAUGCGACCUUGCUUCUCAUGAAGGAGAUGCAGCCAUGGGCUGUCGCGUCACAACGAAUGUAUGACCUGAUCAAUCUUUUGUACAAUGCGCGGCAGCAGCCGUUGCGCGUCUGGAACAACACCGAGGAAAGCCCCAUCCUCACUUUAGCGUCUCCUGGUGCUCAAUCAUUCCAGCAAGGGCGCCCUUUGCAGGUGGACGUUAUUCAGCCCGACGGUACUAGCCAUCCCAAUGCAGAGCGGCAGUACAGUGUUGGCCAUGUCGACAUUGCCGUGCCGCCAGUCGAUACUCUGGGGAGGCAGCCACAAAACGAUGCAAUAUUGUCAACACAUGGUCAGCAUCCAAGCGAGCAGUUGCCGAAGGACUGGUCAAUGUUCAACACUCUGGCAUGGCCGAAUGCGACUUGGGAGAGCCUGUUUGAGUUGCCCGAUGACUUCCAGUGGAUGAAUGACGGCCCAUUCGACGUGAUGUGAGGGAUCAUUCGGCCCAAGAUGGGUUGCGAGAGGCCAUCGAACAAGAGGACGCUGUCAACUUCCCUUCGUAGUCCUGUCAUGCUUUCUGGCACCACCUCUGAAUCUAUUGUAGAAGUCAUCAUGCCAAAGGGGAGAUU